AUGGCGCACCAAUGGGCCUGCGGCCAACGGGGGCUGGUACUGGUGCUGGCGCUGGCUGUGGCGCUGCAGGCGCGCGUUGCCCAGGCUGUUGACCUGAUAUCGGCGUCGCGGCUGGAGACUUGCGUCGUGGACGGCAGCGUGAACGCCACACAGCAGCUGUCGUGCGCCCAGAAGCUGGUCAUGACGCUGUCGGUGGACAGCGGCGACGCCGUAGCCACGUCGGUGCUGGAGCUGACCUUGGACUGCAUCAACAGCCCGACGGGCAGCUGCCCCUGCCCCUGCAACUACGCCACAGACCUCAGCUGCCAAUGCAGGCAAGGGCAGCUCAAGGACCUCGUUGCCCCGCUGCGCGUCAACUUGACAAAGUCCCCGCUUUGGGCCAACUACCCGAUCCAGUACCUUCAAAAGUUCAACUGGAAACCCACAGAGGCCAUCGUGCGGCCGGGAAACGCAGUCUGCCUGGCGGGUGACUACGAGACCAACCCGACCUGCGGCUGGUACUACCUGGCGGGCGUCAAGCAGCCCGACAGCCAGGGCUUCACGUGCGAGUGCAGCGCGACGCAGAUCUGGGACGACACAUUUGGCACCAGCAAGGAGCGCACGCGUGCCAACCUGGACUGCGACUUCUUCUCAAACCUUUGGGACAUAGCCCUGGGCCACAACCCCUGCAGUGCCCACUGCCUACAAUUCGACCCAGUUUGGGCAGGGGGCUACGCAUUGGGAGCAUCCAGCCUAUACUUUGAAAUCAGCAUUGGCCUUACCACCACCCUGGCGGCGACGACGGCAACCAGUGACUCGGGGGCCGGCACGACGCAGACCAGCAGCGAGGUCAUUACAGUGUCACCCGUGACGCCCAUAGCCGCAGCCAGCAGCCGCGUGCUCCUGGCCAAGCUGCUGGGUGACCUGGCAGGGUACUCGCAGCUGCCUGUGCUCAGCGACAGGGUGCUGAUGAUCCCCGGCACAAGUGCCGACCUGAAAAGCGCGGACCGCUGGAUGCUGGUCACCAGGGAUCGCAUCACAUUCUCAGGCACAGAGUGCGACAAGGUGGGCACGUCCUUUGCGGCGUUCCGUAAUCAGCCCAACGGCUGCGCCCGCGCGACGGGCACGUGCCUCACGGGGCAGCUGAAGGACCUGUUUGACGAGGACACCGCCAGGGUGGCGGCGGGGCUGGUGCCGCUGUACUGGGUGAAGCAGUUCGGCUACGGCACAGGCAGCGCCCUGGUCAGGUCCCCAGGGGCCAGCGACAUCUCGUUCGCGCUUCCCGUAACCAGCCGCCGCAGCAGCGUGGUGACGCUGGAGGUGGCGGCUGAUGCUGUGAAGUUCAUUACCAACUCGUCACCAGGGAGGAUCACCGGCACCGUGGCGGCCAGCUACACGCUCGCCGUCGCCAACUGCACUGUCGGCGUUGCGCCUGUGGAGGCGCAGCGGCUUGCGCUGGACCCAAACGCCACGAUGCUGAUCACGCCCUUCCAGAUAUACGUCCAGGACAGCAAUGCCAGCGACGACCGGUACUGCUGGCUGAUGCUGUACGACAGCCAGGGCCGCGUCAGCGACAAGAGCAAGGCGCGUGCACUGGCUGCGCGCGUCCCGUUUUUCACCAACGCCACACAGUGGGGGGAGGUCCCCACUGGUGGCCUCAAAGGCGGCGGCGACGGCGUCCUCAUCCGGCGCACCCCCUCUGAGUGCACCCAGGUGUGUGGGGCAAUAUACAAUGUCAAGUGCCUCUGGAAAAACAAGUGCUGGGGCAAGAUCGGCGGAGUCUUCGGCCUCAUCGGCGGCCUGGUCGCGGGAGCGGGCGCCAGUCGUUGCGGCAGCAGCAACAGCAGCAUCAGCAGCAGCAGCAGCAGCAGCAGCAGCAGCAGCAGCAGCAGCAGCAGCAGCAGCAGCAGCAGCAGCAGCAUCGUGGAGGGCGUGCCAGCAGCCUGA